AUACCGCCACGAUGAACACUGUGAAAUCCUUCUGGCUGGGAUGGGGCUCCCUUUGUGUUGCCGGUGCCGGCGCAUACGUCUUCGCCAAGCAGCAAAUUCGGGCUGAUCGCCAGGCCAAGCUCGAGGCGCACCACAAGAAGAUCGCAGCAAACAAGGCCCUGGAAUAUGAGGCGGCCAUGUCCUCUGCGGGAUCUGGAGCGAGCAACGGUGGCCCUGCAAGGACCGACAACGCGGGUUCCCCGAGCCAAGAAGCCGGCAACGAUCCUGCGGCAACGAGGCAUGCCCCGGCGACAGAGUCUCAGCGCAUAACCGAGAAAAGCAAAUACGAGAGCGAUACGCCGUAUCGAGCCCGGAAAGGGGACAGGUUCAGCUAGAGAGGCGGAGAGAAUGGGGGGAAAAGGAGGGUGCAAAUGAGGAGCUCAUCUUAAGGAUGUUUAUGCUGGAAAUUCAUGCUGGCCUUGUAUAUUAUCAUGGUGUAACAUAACGCCCUUGACAGGGUUAUAUAGUCGUCGCUCCGCACACUGACGAGAAAAGUACUGUUUGCGAAACUCC